GGGACCGGGCAGGGUGUUCUGAAGCAGAUAUGGCAGUCAGCAGGUGACCAGAGGUCUCAGCACUCAGCAAUGGCCGAGAGCUCAGCUGUGGCAGCAACAGGGACAGCGGCACCAACUGUACUUGAUGAGCUCCUGGAGAUCACAGCUCAGAACCUGGUGCGCACUGAGGUGGCCGAACACUAUGAGGUUAUUCGGGAGCUGGGCAGGGGCAAGUAUGGCCACGUGAUGCUAGUGACCCACAGGCAGAGAGGGACUCCUAUGGCUCUCAAGCUGCUACCAAAAGCCAGUACCAAGCUGCACACCUUCUUGUAUGAGUAUUGCGUGGCCCUCUCCCUCGCCACCCACCCUGCCAUCAUUGGCAUGUUUGGAAUUGCCAUCGAGUCCAGCCAGUACUAUGGCUUCCUCUAUGAACCAGCACUGCACAAAGACCUCAUCUCCAUCAUCAAACCCCGGGACGGGAUCCCCGAGCCAGCCGCUAAGCAGUGUGCCAAGCAGCUUGUCAGCGCGCUGGAGUUCAUCCACAGCCGAGGGCUCGUGUACCGUGACGUCAAGCCUGAGAACGUCCUGCUUUUCGAUCCUGAGUGUCGGCGCAUCAAGCUGACUGACUUUGGGCUUACGCGGCCCAAGGGUACCAAGCUCAAGCUGGUGGCCGGGGUAAUCCCCUACACCGCCCCCGAGCUGAGCAACACCACUAAUGCCCAGGGGGUGCCCAUCGACACUAGCUUGGACGCCUGGGCCUUUGGCGUGCUGCUUUUCUGCCUGCUGACUGGCUACUUCCCCUGGGAGCAGAGCCUGCCAGAUGACCCUUUCUUUGAGGACUUCAUGCUGUGGCAGGAGACGGGCCUGGAGGAGAACCUGCCCCGCCACUGGAAACGCCUGACGGCUGAGGCCGCCCUGAUGCUGCGGAGCCUGCUGGCCCUGGAUCCCGCCAAGCGUAGCCCUGUCAGCGGGGCACUGCGCUAUGUCGAUUGCCCUUGGCGGAUGGAGGAUGGGCACAGCGAGGAGGCUGUGGUGAAGCCCUAGAGCCUGGUCCCCAUUGUGGGGAGGGAAGGCUUAGGUGCAUGUGGAAAUGUGAACUCACCGCCACGAACGUCCACGUGUAAGAUUCAGCUGAGAAGACAGUAGCAGUGUGAGGGUGGUCAGCCUGGGCAUCACUGGGAAAAGCUAACAGAGAAGCUGUAACCACAGGUUGCAUAAAUUUAUCCGUACAAAUAACUCUGGCAAAAUUCCUGUAGCGAUACCUCCCAGCAGUCCUAUGCCGUUGCCUUGCUCUCACUCCCCAUCCUCCUCCAGACUGACUGUGCCCUCCUGAUAGAGCCAUCCCCGCUCUGUAUGAGCCCCUACUACCACUUCUUCUCUGCUUCUGUUCUCCUGAAUCCUUCAGUCACAAGGAACCGUUUCCAAGACUACCCAACACCAGCCCAAGCACACCUCCUCCCUUGCAUUGCCUUCAGAUCCUAAGAGAAUGCAGUUCACACUCUUCUAGAUGCCCGGUUAUCCCUCUAGAAGACUUUCCUUCUCCCAUUUCCUAUUACUACUUUGACCAUUCCCAAGCAACGCACCUCUCUUAAUCCCCCAAUGUCUUUCUAGGUGCACAUUUUAAUCCUGGGAAAAGGUAGCAUGGAGAGAAUUAGGGGUUAGAAGCCCUUCUUACUUUGCUGCCUCUUUCCAGCCCCCAGGACUAUGCUGUUGGUAAUCCCUUCCAGCUCUUAGCCCAAUCCUAUUGCUGGAAACAUCAUUUUCCAUUCUCAGUGGCUUCAUAACUUCUAAAAUGCGUAGUUCCAUCACCUUACUUUCUAUCAUCCCAGCUUUUCUUUUACCUCAGAUCCUUUCCUGCACACACUCUUGUGUAGUUCCUCAACCUUCAGCUCUCUUUUUCCAGCUUCUUCUCACCCUCUAGCAUUUUACCAUUACUUACCUUCCCCACUAACACUCCCUUUCUACUACCCAUCACCUGGUAAACACCUUUCGCUCAUUUCUCUCUCAGUAACAUCACCUCCAUACUACUCUUUUGUACUUUUCCUGCUCUCUACAUCACUUAUCCCUUGUGUCUUCCUCCUGACUCCCCAACCAGCAUCAUUCUCAUCCUGUUCAAGAUACAGUUUUCUUCUGUCUGCUUCCAUCUCUUAGAAUCUUUCAUUACCCAAAAAAGUAACAAAUGCUGCUCAACUCUGGCCCACUGAGAUUUGGCUUUAAUUACUCUUUGAUUACUGUGGGAAUAGCAGAGGAGUGUUAAGGUACCAACACAGUUCCUGUAUUUGAAGUGGAGAAGCCUGAAGACUAAUGGAUCUAUAGGCCAGGUAACCGACAACUAUCCAGUGAAACGUAAUGGAAAAUCUGAUGCAGAUGCUUACCAAUAGCAAAUUAUAGAACAGGAAUGUGGCUUUCUGGAAUGCGACACUCAGCAUUCUAUUUGAUAAUAAAGUUGUGUUUGAUGAAGUAAAUUCAUAGUGUUAUGCUACACAAUCUUUGUGAAGCAUGACCUAUUGAUGUAAAGAAAAUUACAGUAUGCUGUAUUGAUUAAGAAGAUAUACUGUGCAAAGUCAAUAAAGCAUACAUUAAGUGAAUUCAGACUUGACAUUAGAAAGCAUUUCUUUACCAAGAGGGUGGUCACACUGGAACAGGCUUCCUAGACAGGUGGUCGAUGCCGCAAGCCUGUCACUGGUUAAGAGGCAUUUGGACAGUGUCCUUGACAACAUACUUUAACUUUUGGUCAGCUCUGAAGUGGUCAGGAAGAUGGACUAGAUGAUCGUUGUAGGUCCCUUCCAACUGAAAGAGUCUAGUCUAGUCUAGUCUAGUCUAUUCCAGCAACCUGCUCUGGUGGGAGGUGUCCCUGCCCAUGGCAUUGGGGUUGGAACUAGAUGGUCUUUAAAGUCCCUUCCAACUCUAACCAUUCUAUAGUUCUGUUCUAUUCUAUUCUAUUCUAUUCUAUUCUAUUCUAUUCUAUUCUAUUCUUAUCCAUAUGUGUAAAUAACCAUGGGAGGGUAUAAAAACGACGCAGCCAGAGUCUUUGCAGUGGUACUGGGUGACAGGACAAGAGGCAAUGUGUACCAACUGAAAUGCAGGAAAUUCCAUUUAAACAUAAGAAAAAUGGCUCUAUGGUGAUGGUGGCCAAACAUUGGAACAUUGGUUGUGGUGUCUCUGUCUUUGAAGAUAUUCAAAAGCUGAUUGGACAAGGCCCUGGUCAACCUGCUCUAGCUGUCUCUGUUUUGAGCAGGAUGUUCGACUAGACAAUCUCCAGAGGUCCUGUCCAGCAUCAACCGUGCUGUGAUUCUGACUUUUUUCCUUUUGAGGACGCUCUGUGUUGCAGCUGGAAAUGUCUGGGGCUCCCAGUUUCUUUGCUUUGGAACUGCUCAGCGUGGCAGUCAGUGGUCUCAGCAGGGCUGGGUGCAAGGUGCAAAACCGUCUUGACGAAAAAGGAUUAGCGCGAUUUUAGGGUUUAUUCCAAAUUAAGGCAAACCUGAACUGGUGGAACACUGACAUCCUUGGGGAAACAGAUCAAACUCUCCAAUUCCAACAGGACCAAGGCUGUUUUGUUGCAGGAGACAAUCAUGCCAAUGACGAUCAGGGAUGAUGUGACAGAGGCUAUUGGCACUGAGCAGUGGCGAUGACCAGGACUGUUUCUCUGUCUCCU